UUACAUCAAAACCUUGUUCAUGAUCUGGAUUACAUUGACAAGACAUAUUAUCCAGACAUGAUUCAUUAUAUCAAACACGAUGAGGAAGAGGGUGACACAGACACCUUGAAGGAUGAGGAAGGCUGGUCAAAAUUAACGAUUGGUGAAAUCAAUCCGAAAAAUCGACUUGUAUCUUCAUUGGUGAUAGAUGUAUCUAAUAAAUCGUUGUUCAAGUUGAGUUCAAGCAUAGGUCAUUUGAACAACUUGACCAAGUUGGAUUUGUCAAAAAACCAAUUGAUAUAUCUACCUGAAACACUAGGACAACUUGUGAACCUACGUGUAUUAAAUGCAUCUAAAAACCAGCUAGAAUACCUUCCAGACAGUAUCACCAUAUUGCCUAAACUCAAAGCACUCAAUGUGAGUCAUAACAAAUUAAGCACACUACCCCAAGGCAUUGGCAGCUUACCGAGUCUGAUUGUGCUUAUCUUGAACCAUAACCAGUUUACACAUCUACCUCGAGAAAUUGCUAAACUGAAAGGCAUGAUCACACUCAACGUAUCCCAUAACCCACUUUGUUCUAUACCAGCUGAAAUAGCCACCCUCAAAUCACUUCGAAAACUCACAGUAGAAGGAUGUUCAUUCAAGACAGAAUUCAUGCAUACACGAGCCCAUGAUCCACCUCGUCUUGUAGAGAUAUGUGCACGGCAAAUCGUCAAAUAUCAAAUACCAUACCCUAGUCAUUUAUCAGACUAUUUCAGUCGACAGCAGACAUGUUCGUUUUGUUCUGGGCCUUACUUUGAUAGUUUUGUCACGAGAGGACGGUUUGUUCAAAGAUCAGGUAGACAAUGGAUUGCUUUGGAUGAACGAUUGUGUUGUGCACAUUGGAUAGACGAGCAAGACCGUAUCUCGGCUUUGUUUUCU